AUGGCUACAAGGAACAGAACAUUUCUGUUUAGAAGAUACAGAGAUGCAUUGAAGAGCGUUCGGGUGGUGGCUGUUUCAUCAGCCGCUCCGGUGGUGUCCGCCGAUGGUUCGGUCGAAAUGUCUCCGAGGAUUAGACAAAAUCGGUCUUAUGCUCCUCUUAGUACCGAGGAUCCUGGAACAUCUUCUUCCUAUGCAACCGGUGGGACUCCAACAGUUGGUCUUCCUCCAGCUUGGGUAGAUGUAUCAGACGAAAUAGCUACAAACAUCCAACGUGCAAGUUCUAAAAUGUCAGAACUAGGCAAAGCUCAUGCCAAGGCUUUAAUGCCUUCAUUUGGGGAUGGUAAAGAGGAUCAGCGCAGGAUUGAGGCUCUUACCCAUGAAAUAACUGAUCUUCUAAAAAAAUCAGAGAAGCGGUUAAGAAAGUUAUCUGCUGGUGGGCCUUUUGAGGAUUCAACUAUCAGAAAAAACGUGCAGCGUUCUUUAGCCACUGAUCUUCAAAGUCUUUCAAUGGAACUCCGGAGGAAGCAAUCACAUUAUCUCAAGUGCCUUCAGCAGCAGCAGAAAGAGGGUUCAGAUGGGGUUGAUUUAGAAAUGAAUUUGAACGGAAAGAAAUCUAUAAGCGUGGAUGAUGGUUUUGAUGGCUUGGGUUUUAGUGAACGCCAAAUGGCCAAGUUGAAGAAAAGUGAAGCUUUCACUAUCGAAAGGGAGAGAGAGAUACAACAGGUGGCAGAAUCUGUGAAUGAGUUGGCACAAAUUAUGAAGGAUCUGUCUGUCCUUGUGAUCGACCAGGGAACUAUCAUCGACAGAAUAGACUACAAUGUUCAAAAUGUUGCAGUGACUGUGGAUGAAGGACUUAAGCAGCUACAAAAGGCAGAGAGAAAUCAGAAACAAGGGGGGAUGGUAAUGUGUGCUACGGUACUUGUUAUCAUGUGCUUCAUAAUGUUGGUUCUCUUGAUUCUGAAGGAGAUUCUCUUCUGAUUCGUAUCAUCAAAGAUCAUUCAUUUUGCUAAACUGUUUAACUUUGUGAGCCCACUAUAUACAUACAAAAACACGAUUGAUAUAGAAUUUCCCUUACAUACAGACAGUUCAUCCUAUUCAAACUUUUCCUACCAUUUUUUGACGGAUGUUAUAUUGGUCACUAAGCGCGAGAGGGGUAAGGUGUGUAUAUUUCGAUUCAGCUUCUUUCACAAUAUAGAUAAGUUAAAACUGUAAUGUGAACAUGCUAAUUCCGGUACUUUCAGGUUGACACUUUUGUUCUUGCCAGUUAUUAAAUGCAUCAAUAGAGAUCUUUGUCUCAGAUUAGUUCUGCAAAUUAUC